AUGACCACCACCUCAGCUUCAACCGUGUCCUCCGCCACCGCCGCCGCAGCAGCAGCAUCCUCCAGCAGUACUCUUCUACAGAAACAACAACCACCGUCCCCUGCUGCUCCCCCGGUUGACAUUCUCCCUACUCCGGCCGCGCAGACGUACGCCCAUGUCCAUCCGGCACUGCUCCUGGCCGUGUACGCGCUCCGGUUUCCGGCCCUCGUCGCAGACCCGGUCUCUACCUUGCUCAGCGAUCUCCCGCUUUUUGCAGCCCUGCAGGUUGGCUAUGUCGUGACGUGUCUGCCGCAGGCGGGCUCGUCGCAUCAUCAUCAUCACAAUCAUCACAAUCAUCACCAUCCUCCGCCUUCUUCUGCUGAUCCUUCCGGCGCGGCUGUUGCUGCGGGGGUGGAGGGGGGAGAUGCUGUAGGAGGAGGAGGAGCAGCAAAAAGGACAGUAUCGACCGGAGGACCCAGCAGGGCGGUUGGCACUGGCGUGGGAGCAUGGCUGGGUGCGAUUCCGAUUCCAUUGGACUGGGACCGACCCUGGCAAGCGUAUCCCAUCACCAUCCUCACAGGGGCAUAUCUGGGCUACGUUGUCGGCGCAUUGAUUGCCAGGACGCCUCUGCUCUACGGCAAGAGGAUCGAAUUCACGUCAUCAUCCCCGGAGGAGGAGGAGGAGGAAACCAGUAGUAAUAGUCCGGAAGCUGCCAGCAAAGAGAAGUAG